AUGGGCUUACUUCCAAGCACGGGACAAGGAUCAGUGAAUGCAAUGAUCGACUCGGUAGUCCUAGCCAACUGCCUCUACGACAUCAAACCAACCAGUUACGACAACAUCAAGGCUGCCCUAGGACACUACCGUGAACAACGAUUCGAGAAGGUCAAAGCCCAAUACGCAGACUCGCACCGCAACGCCAGGCUCCGCUACGGCCAUGUACGCGUCUCUACCUAUCCUCAUGGUUGCAAAUUCAAAUCCCGCUGA